UAACGUUUCAUGUUUGUCUCUCGGGUUUAUUAUUAGGCUUAUCUCAGAUUCUCAUGGAGAACUCAGGGGCUUAACUCCGCAGCUUUAACCAAAGUAUUAUAAAUAUAAGGCUCUCUCAAGUACCCAAGUAACUAGGGGGCCCUUGAGUGACUGGCUCCCCUUCUGCAGUUGGUUCUUGCGUCAGGCAUUUUUGCUCGGACGCCCACCACGUCUGCUAGAGAUUGUAUCCUUCUUUGAAUUCAUUCGUUUCUGUACUACACGAGUAUUCGCAUUAUUUCCCGCAAUUGUCUAGGCCUACAUAGGCGCCUCAACUUCGAGAGUAGCUACCGUAGUCUGCUUGGCAUCAACACUCGCUGGCAACGUCGGCUUCCUAUUCCUGGCAUGGCCCAAAAAUACGGGUUCUUCCAAUAUCUUCGCCUGAAGGCGAUCGUCGUUUUAUUGCGGACAUGGCUUCGGUUCUCCAGCGGUGAUAAGAUUCGCCGCGACCAAGCGCUUGUGCCGCGCGACGUCAAGCAUGAGCGUGUCAAGAUCCCUUCGCGUGAAUCCGGCCGCUACAUCCUCGCGGAUAUCUAUUACCCUCCCGGGUUUUCCUCAUCCACCUCUUCCUCGCCUAAGCAACUGCCUCCCGUUCUUGUCAACUGGCAUGGCAGCGGCUUCAUCUUCCCUUUGCUAGGAACAGAUGCGCUAUUCAGUUCUCGCAUGGCUCGGGAGACUGGAACCGUGGUGGUCGACGCUGACUACCGCAAAGGACCUGAGACACCCUUCCCCGGCCCUUUGAAUGAUGCCGAGGAUGCGCUUCGGUGGGUCGGCACACAAUCCUAUCGCUUUGACACGGCCCGCGUAGGCGUUUGUGGUUUCAGCGCUGGUGCGAAUCUCGCCCUAACAGCUGCAACGUCGCUUCGCAAGAAUCUACAAGGUCUCGUAGAUAUUCGCAUCGCUCUAGUCAACUAUGGGCUUUUGGACCUGGCGGCAGACCCCGCGUCCAAGAAGGUACCGCGUCCUAUCAACGCCCACCCCAUCUGGGCCCUCCAUCUGUUUAACGACUGCUAUGCUCCGGACGUGGAGUCCCGGACUGAUCCAGCAGUGUCACCUGGUUUCGCUCAACCAGAAGACUUCCCGCCAACCGUCGCCCUACUCAGCGCGGAGGGUGACACAUUAUGGCCCGAGGCCAAUGCACUGGCUAAGAACCUAGAGAGCUCGGGUGCGCCCGUAAAAGUUAUCAACAGGAUAUUCGAAGGUGUUCCUCAUGCAUUUGACAAGGGUACCGAAGAAGGCACGGUGGCCUGGGAGCGCCGUGAGGAAGCAUAUGAGCUCAUGGCGACACUGCUAGAGCAAUCGUUUGACAUAUAGUAUAGCGAGCAACAGUCUAAUUUUUGUUUUCCUAAUGAAUUAACUAUAGACCAUGUCCUCUCUCAUCAUUUGCCUAUCUCGACAGCUUUAAUGACACCGAGGGUGAGGCCAUAAGCUACAUAGAGAGUUACUUAUUUCUAUCGGACUAACAAGUGCCGCGCGAAGGUGGACACCUACUGUGCCCAUUUAUCACCUAGGUAGUUUAGUCUCAUAAAAGAGUGAAUAGUGCUACGCUACGAACUAGUUGGCCGCACCUAUCCAAUGAAUCGUGCAGACUAGAUGAGGAGGAAGAGCAUACCGUUUCGGCAUGAAAUACACCUUGAAUUGCAGGAAAUCAAGAAGAGAACUAACCCCGCUCUUGCCUUGACGUUGCGUUUGGCUGCUUACUAGGUAUUCUCCCAAAAGCUGCAUGGAACUUCGCCGCCUGGGCAUCAAGACUAAGUUGAAAAGGUCACUCGGGGGGCUUGUAUCUUGUAAUGAUCACCGGCAAUGUCCCAGCG